GAUGGCGGGUGGCACUCUGGCUUUCCUAAAGCAGUCUCUAUGGUAUUCUUCCAAGCAAACCCAGGGCCCCCCCAAAAGGGUAGCGGCACGUGACAGGCCCUGGGACUACGGCAGGUUCCCACGUGAUCCUGGCCUGCAGUAGCGUGGUUGCGGUGAGCUUCUUGCGCUCCUGAAGGGCAGGCGCGGAAGUAAGAGCAUCCUUAGGCGGACUGUGACUGGCAGCGAGGUCGGGAGGAGCCACCAGGCAGUGACUGCUUUGCUUCUGCAGCUCGGCUCAGCUCAUUCCGUUAUCUCAGCCUUUGCUGUCUGCACAGAAGCUGACCAAGUUACCUUUGGUCUUGAGACCUUGGAGAGUGAGGCCCAAACUCGGGACCAACUCCUCAUCCACCUUGCCCUCCCUCUCCUCCAUCUCUUCCUUUGCACGCACCGAAUCGCUUGCUCCUUUGGGCUGGCCUGCUCAGCUGUGCCUGGAGACUAAGUUCGGGUCGGUAAAGGUAACUGUGGGAAAAGCGGCCCCCCAGUGGACAAAGGCGGAGGCAGAGAUAAAGCAGGCCCCGCGGGCCCUGGGAGCUGAGCUUAGGCAGUAGACGAGGUGAGCCAGAAGAACGGUACUGCGUAUUUAGAAGGCGCUGUGAAGGACUUGUUGCAUGAUGGAAGAAUCUGACUCCGAGAAAAAGACGGAGGAAGAGAAUGUGGGCCCAAGAGUGGAGCCUCCUCUAGGGGAGCCGGAAGGAUCGCUUGGGUGGGCAAUGCCAAAUGCAGCCAUGAAGAAAAAGGUCCUGUUGAUGGGUAAAAGUGGAUCUGGUAAGACCAGCAUGAGGUCUAUUAUCUUUGCAAAUUAUAUUGCCAGAGACACACGUCGUCUUGGUGCAACAAUACUAGACCGUAUACAUAGUCUUCAAAUUAAUAGCAGUUUGAGCACCUACUCUCUCGUAGACUCUGUUGGAAAUACAAAGACAUUUGAUGUAGAACACUCUCAUGUUCGAUUUCUGGGAAACCUGGUUUUGAACCUGUGGGAUUGUGGUGGACAAGACACCUUCAUGGAAAAUUAUUUCACUAGCCAGCGUGACAACAUCUUCCGAAAUGUGGAGGUUCUGAUUUAUGUCUUUGAUGUGGAGAGCCGUGAACUUGAAAAGGACAUGCACUACUAUCAGUCAUGCCUUGAGGCUAUUCUGCAGAAUUCUCCAGCAGCCAAAAUCUUUUGCUUGGUACACAAAAUGGAUUUGAUACAGGAGGAUCAGCGAGACUUGAUUUUUAAAGAACGAGAAGAAGACUUAAGGCGUUUAUCACGUCCGUUAGAAUGUUCUUGUUUCCGAACUUCUAUCUGGGAUGAAACUCUGUAUAAGGCUUGGUCCAGCAUUGUUUAUCAGCUGAUUCCCAAUGUUCAGCAACUGGAAAUGAACCUGCGGAAUUUUGCUGAGAUUAUUGAGGCAGAUGAAGUACUUCUGUUUGAGAGAGCUACCUUUCUGGUGAUUUCUCAUUAUCAGUGCAAAGAGCAGCGAGAUGCCCACCGAUUUGAGAAAAUCAGCAACAUUAUUAAGCAGUUCAAGCUGAGCUGUAGCAAGUUGGCUGCCUCUUUCCAGAGUAUGGAAGUGAGAAACUCUAACUUUGCUGCUUUCAUUGACAUAUUCACAUCCAACACUUACGUCAUGGUCGUGAUGUCUGAUCCAUCCAUUCCUUCUGCAGCUACUCUGAUCAACAUCCGCAAUGCCAGAAAACACUUUGAAAAGCUGGAGAGAGUGGAUGGACCAAAACAGUGUCUUCUCAUGCGCUAAACAUUGCUGAAUAAUGUUUCACACAAAAAAUUAAAACACUGUUUAAUUUUAUUGUUGUAUUCAUAUACGUAGGCUCUGAAAUAUUGUGAUGCUUACCACUUCUGUAUUUCUUCUCUACUCCCCAGUCUUAACGUUUAUCUUUGAAUGCUAUUUAUUCAAAUAGCUUGAGGAGUUAGAAGAUGAGGUGUCUAUGAAGUUGAUGUAACGUAUACGUAGGCAAUAUAUGUAAGUGUUCUUAUAACAUGAUUCUAACGGUGUUUAAGUGUUCUGAUAACCUGCUUUUAAUAGUUGUGUAUGCCAAAGUCUUUCCCAGCACCUCUUGUAUUCAUUACAAAUAUAUACAUGUAAGUUUGAAGUAUUACUGUUUUCUCAGCAUGAAUUAAAAAUAUUCUGUAACUCAGCCAGGCAAGGUAGCUUAUGCCUGUGAUCCCAGCAUUUGGGAAACAGAGACAAGAGGAUUGCUGCAAAUUUGAGGCCAACCUGUCUACACAGGGAGGUCCAGGCCAGAGAUAUAUAUCAAGAUCUUGCUUCAAAAAAUUAUACACACACACAUACACACACAUAAACACACGCACACACAAACACACAUGCAUACAUAUAUAUUCCUUAACUUCAAUGUAAAUAAA